AAAUAAAAGGAUUGUGGAGAAAAUCAACAACACUUUGAAAAAGUAACACACACUUCAUUCUUUCUUGUCACCUUCUUAUUUCUCGUUUCUUAUAAAAAACUCUUUAAAAAAGAUGCAUAAUUAUAAAGCUAUUUGGUGCUAGAUCAUGAAUGCGAUGGUGGCGGCGGCGGCGGCGGCGGCGGUGGUGCUGAUAUUUGCAAGUGGAGGAGUUGAAUGCAGAAGCAGAGAAGGAAGGAUUGCAGAGUCAUUCGAGUAUUCAGCAAUCAGCUGCAGAGGCCACAGCGCAUCGAUCGUGGAAUUCGGAGGCGUCGGCGACGGAAAGACGCUGAAUACGGCGGCUUUCCGGCGGGCGGUGGACGAGCUGAGCAAGCACGCAUCAGACGGCGGGGCGCAGCUGUUCGUCCCCGCCGGUAAAUGGCUCACCGGAAGCUUCAACCUCACCAGCCAUUUCACUCUUUAUCUCCACAAAGACGCAAUUCUUCUCGCUUCUCAGGACAUAAAAUCGUGGGGCGUGGUGGAUCCGUUACCGUCGUACGGGCAUGGAAGGGAUACAGCAGGAGGAAGGUAUAUCAGUCUUAUAUUUGGAACAAACCUCACUGAUGUUGUCAUCACUGGUGAAAAUGGGACAAUUGAUGGUCAAGGUGGUGUUUGGUGGCAGCAGUUUCACAAGAAAAAGCUGAAAUACACAAGACCUUAUCUCAUUGAAAUCAUGCACUCACACAAAAUUCAAAUUUCCAAUCUCACAUUACUCAAUUCUCCAUCAUGGAAUGUUCAUCCUGUUUACACCAGUGAUAUAAUUAUUCAAGGCAUCACAAUCCUAGCUCCAGUAACUUCCCCAAAUACAGAUGGGAUCAAUCCAGAUUCUUGCACAAGCACAAGAAUAGAGGACACCUACAUCGUCUCUGGGGAUGACUGCAUAGCGGUGAAGAGCGGCUGGGACGAGUACGGUAUCAAAUACGGUAUGCCGACGAAACACCUGAUAAUCCGGCGCCUCACCUGCAUCUCGCCCUACAGCGCCGCCAUUGCGCUGGGCAGCGAAAUGUCAGGUGGGAUCGAGGACGUCAGAGCCGAAGACGUAACGGCGAUCCGCACGGAAUCGGGCGUCCGGAUAAAGACGGCCGUCGGGAGAGGAGGGUAUGUGAGAGACAUAUAUGUGAAGGGCAUGAGCCUGCACACCAUGAAAUGGGUGUUUUGGAUGACUGGGAACUACGGCUCCCACGCCGACACCCACUACGACCCUAACGCGUUACCGGAGAUCAAGGGGAUCAACUACAGGGACGUGGUGGCGGAGAACGUGACAAUGGCUGCUAGGCUGGAGGGGAUAUCCGGUGAUCCCUUCACCGGGAUCUGUAUGUCCAAUGUGACGAUUGGGAUGGCGAAGAAGGCCAAGAAGUAUCCGUGGACAUGCAGUGAGGUCGAGGGGGUCACGAGUGGGGUGGUGCCACCACCGUGUAGCUUGCUGCCCAAUAAGGGACGAGACAAACGGGCCAUGUGUGACUUUCCUACGGAUACUUUACCUAUCGAUGAUCUAGAGCUACAAAAAUGCUCCUAUGUGAAGAACUACUUGUAAUAGCCUAGUUCUUGAAUACAAUGAAACUAGCAAUGCAUGAUGAUGCUAUCCAUAUGAAACAUUCGACAUAGCAA